AUGGCGCAGAAGAAGUCCGCGCUGACUGCAGCCCUUUCGGGGGCUCCCGCGGCCCCUGUGCCGGCAGCCAAGCCGCCUAGCGCCUUCAGGCCGGUGCUGGACAACUAUGCCUUCCCGUGCCUGCAGCACGCUCCUGACGAUGGCACGCCCGUUCCAGACCUCAGCGAGCUCGUGGAUGGCCUGGAGAGCAUUGAUUUGAAGCGCGGUGGGAAAGAGGUGGCGAGCUUCUCCAUUGGGACGGCCCAGCGGCCGUCCGACAUGGCGGUAGCGCAGCAACACAGCCACCAGCAGGACAAGGCCUCCUUCUCGCGUGUCGCAUCUGGCAGCCUGGCCCAGAACUAUGACGCUGUUAUCGGCUCCCUGCCCAAGGGUCUCAGCGAAGAUCAGCGCGCGCGCAUUGCGGCGUCCAUGCCCAUGUCGCCGGCACUGGGCAUGCUGCACACCAUGCCCGAGGACAAGGUCAGCUUGCGCACGAUUGAGGGCCGGCGGCUGCGGCGCAGCGUGCUCAAGGGCGCCGUGGUCGCAUUCAUCACCGCGGGCUACAGCGGCAAGCGCUUUGUCUUCGAGAAGGCCGCGGAGUUGGGGGUCAAGUGCGUCGUGCUGGACGCGCCGGACUCGUGGGCGCAGCUGAUGGAGGGGGAGGGCGUCAUCUCAAAGUUCGUGCCCAUCGACUUCAGCGACGCUGAGAACGUGUUUGACCACUGCCUCGAGGGCAUCAAGGCGGCGUCCGCAGAUCUGGGUGGCCUCGACGGCAUCACCACAUUCUGCGAGAUGGCGGUGCCGCUGGUGGCGCGGCUGGCGGAGAAGCUCGGGGUGCCCAGCAACUCGCCGGACGCCGUCGACGCCGCGCGGGACAAAUACCUGACGCGCGCGGCGAUGGCCGCGGCGGGGCUGCCCACGCCCCGCAACGCGCGCGUGAACUGCCUGGAGGACGUGGAGCCGGCCGGCAACCACGUGGGGUUCCCCGCGGUCAUCAAGCCCGUGUCGGGCGCGGCCUCCAUCGGCGUGAUCCGCGUGAACAGCAUGGAGGACCUCCACGCCGCCUACAAGCGCGUUGUGCGGGACAUGUCGCGCGCGAGGGUGGUGGCGGGUGCGCUGGUGGAGGGCAAGGACGGGGAAGAGGAGGGCGCAGGCAGCGGCAACGCGGGCAGCUGGAUCAAGGUGGAGCUGAUGCUUGAGGAGGUGAGGGGCUGGGCGAUGGUGGAGGCUGGAGGGCCAUUAGCUGAGAGCCGGGUGAGCAAACCAGAGCUGAGGCUGGGCGGGCAGCAGGCAGACGGCAGCGGUGUGGCCGAGGGCUCCCGCAGCCUGCCGUCGCCACCCUGGUACCUGGAUGGCCCUGAGAUUGACUGCGAUCUGGUGAUGAGCGACGGCGUCCCGGUGUAUGGCGCCAUCACGGACAACUGGCCCACAGUUGAGCCGUACUUCAAUGAGACGGGCUCCAACUGCCCCUCCAUCCUGCCGCGGAAGCAGCAGAAGGAGCUGCUGGAGCUCUCCGUGAAGAGCGUGCAGUGCAUGGGCUUAAAGCUGGGCGUGUUCCACGUGGAGGCCAAGUACACCAGCCGGGGGGCGCGGCUCAUAGAGGUCAACUGCCGCAUGGGGGGAGGGCCCGUCAGGGACACCAACCUGCUGGUGUGGGGCGUCGACCUGGUGGAGGAGCACCUGAUGACGUCGGUCGGCAUCCCCGCGCGCCCCCCGGUGGCCAAGCGGCCGCUGGUGCAGAUGGCCGAGUACUCCAUCAACGCCAAGAAGUCCGGCGUCAUCCGGGACUUCGGCUUCCUGGAGCCGUGGGCCAACCACCCGGACGUGCUCUACGCACGGCCGCUCGUGCCGGCCGGCAGCAAGGUGGUGUGCGUGGAGGACGGCCUGCCCACCUGGAUCUGCGAGAUCAUGGUGGUCAAGCCCACCGUGCAGGAGGCCAUCGACUUCAUCCAGAAAGUGGAGGCCUCCCUGGACGUCCCCAUCGACCCCCUGCCUGCAAAGGCCAAGUGA